GGAGCGGGCUGGGCAGCCGGCUCUCGGGACUUCAGGCUCUGGACGCGCCGAGGGGCGCUCCUAGUGCAGCCUUCCCGGCUUGAGGCUUCUCCGCCGAGGCGCCCGUGCCCCCCGGGCUCCUUGCCUCGGCCCCCCGCGGCCCCGAUGCCGAGGUAUGGAUAGAGCGGCUUUGCGCGCGGCGGCGAUGGGUGAGAAGAAGGAGGGCGGCGGCGGGGGCGCCGCGGCGGCCUCGGACGGGGGUGCAGGGGCCGCGGCCAGUCGGGCGCUGCAGCAGUGUGGCCAGCUGCAGAAGCUCAUCGAUAUCUCCAUCGGCAGUCUGCGCGGGCUUCGCACCAAGUGUUCCGUGUCCAACGACCUCACGCAGCAGGAGAUCCGGACCCUGGAGGCGAAGCUGGUGCGGUACAUCUGCAAGCAGCGGCAGUGCAAGCUGAGCGUGACCCCCAGUGACAGGACUGCCGAGCUCAACAGCUACCCGCGCUUCACUGACUGGCUGUAUAUCUUCAACGUGAGGCCCGAGGUGGUGCAGGAGAUUCCCCAAGAGCUAACACUGGAUGACUUGCUGGAGAUGGACGAGUCUAAGGCGAAGGAGAUGCUGCGGCGCUGGGGGGCCAGCGCUGAGGAGUGUAGCCGGCUACAGCAAGCUCUCACCUGCCUUCGGAGGGUGACCGGCCUGGGAGGGGAACACAAAGAGGACUCUGGUUGGAGUUCGGCAGAUGCACAGCGGGAAAGCAGUUCGGGACCUUCAGUGGACAUGCUCUCCCCGCUGGGCAGAGUGGGUGCCAGCACACAGGGCCCACGUUCCAUCUCCGUGUCAGCCCUGCCUGCCUCGGACUCUCCAGUUCCUGGCCUCAGUGAGGGCCUCUCGGACACCUGUAUUCCCUUGCACGCCAGCGGCCGGCUGACCCCCCGGGCCCUGCACAGCUUCAUCACACCCCCUACCACACCCCAGCUACGACGGCACACCAAGCUGAAGCCGCCGAGGACACCCCCACCGCCAAGCCGCAAGGUCUUCCAGCUGCUGCCCAACUUCCCCACACUCACGCGGAGCAAGUCGCAUGAAUCCCAGCUUGGAAACCGAAUCGAUGAAGUCUCCCCAAUGAGGUUUGAUCUCCCUCAUGGAUCCCCACAGUUGGUACGCAGGGAUAUCGGGCUCUCAGUGACACACAGGUUCUCCACAAAGUCAUGGUUGUCACAGGUCUGCAACGUGUGCCAGAAGAGCAUGAUGUUCGGAGUGAAGUGCAAACACUGCAGGUUGAAAUGUCACAACAGGUGCACGAAGGAAGCCCCCGCCUGCAGAAUAUCCUUCCUCCCACUAGCCAGGCUCCGGAGGACAGAGUCUGUCCCCUCAGACAUCAACAACCCGGUGGACAGAGCAUCAGAGCCCCAUUUUGGAACCCUGCCCAAGGCCCUGACAAAGAAGGAACAUCCUCCAGCCAUGAACCUGGACUCCAGCAGCAACCCAUCCUCCACCACGUCCUCCACACCCUCAUCACCGGCGCCCUUCCUGACCUCAUCUAACCCCUCCAGUGCCACCACGCCCCCCAACCCCUCACCUGGCCAGCGGGACGGCAGGUUCAGCUUCCCAGACAUUUCAGCACAGGCAGCCCCGCCCUCCAGCACAGCCGACAGCACACGGCCCGACGACCAGCCCAAAGCAGAUGUGCUGGGUGUUCAUGAAGCAGAGGCCGAGGAGCCUGAGGCUGGCAAAUCCGAGGCGGAAGAUGAUGAGGACGAGGUGGACGACCUCCCCAGCUCCCGCCGGCCCUGGCGGGGCCCCAUCUCUCGAAAAGCCAGCCAGACCAGCGUGUACCUGCAGGAGUGGGACAUCCCCUUUGAACAGGUGGAGCUAGGCGAGCCCAUUGGGCAGGGCCGCUGGGGCCGGGUGCACCGAGGCCGUUGGCACGGCGAGGUGGCCAUUCGGCUGCUGGAGAUGGAUGGCCACAAUCAGGACCACCUGAAGCUGUUCAAGAAAGAGGUGAUGAACUACAGGCAGACCAGACAUGAGAACGUGGUGCUCUUUAUGGGGGCCUGCAUGAACCCACCCCACCUGGCCAUUAUCACCAGUUUCUGCAAGGGCCGGACGUUGCACUCAUUCGUGAGGGACCCCAAGAUAUCUCUGGACAUCAACAAGACAAGGCAGAUCGCCCAGGAGAUCAUCAAGGGCAUGGGGUAUCUUCAUGCCAAGGGCAUCGUGCACAAAGACCUCAAGUCCAAGAAUGUCUUUUAUGAUAACGGCAAAGUGGUCAUCACAGACUUCGGGCUGUUUGGGAUCUCGGGCGUGGUCCGGGAGGAACGGCGUGAGAACCAACUGAAGCUGUCCCAUGAUUGGCUGUGCUACCUGGCGCCUGAGAUUGUACGAGAAAUGAUACCCGGGAGGGAUGAGGACCAGCUGCCCUUCUCCAAAGCUGCCGAUGUCUAUGCGUUCGGGACCGUGUGGUAUGAACUACAGGUGAGAGAGUGGCCCUUUAAACACCAGCCUGCAGAAGCCUUGAUCUGGCAGAUCGGAAGUGGGGAAGGAGUGAGGCGCGUCCUGGCCUCAGUCAGCCUGGGGAAGGAAGUUGGCGAGAUCCUGUCUGCGUGCUGGGCUUUCGACCUGCAGGAAAGACCCAGCUUCAGCCUGCUGAUGGACAUGCUGGAGAAGCUGCCCAAGCUGAACCGGCGGCUCUCCCAUCCCGGGCACUUUUGGAAGUCGGCUGAGUUGUAGGCCUGGCUGUCUGGCAUGCCCCAGGCUUCCUUCCUCCUAACCGCCAGCUCCGCUCCGUGACUUCUGCUAAGACUCCAAAUGCCAGCAGGCACUAACCCAGGGGAUGCCAUCUCUGCUGCUCCAGUCUCCUCCCUCCAGACUCCUUCUUGUGCUCUGUUUUUAACAACGGCCCCUCCCCUCCAUACGGCCUGUGGGUACCUGACUUGAGUCACUGUCAGGGGAGGAUGGCACUAACAGGGUGACCCCUCAAGGCAGAAGAACAGCCUCCAUGGAUGAGACGGUCUUUUCUCUCCGGUUCUCCUAAGAGUGGCUCUUGCUUGUGUUCCUCUGGUCCCUAGCCCCUACUAACACCUUCACGAGCCCCUGCUGAGCAUGCUCAGAGGAUGGGAAGGAGCUUGACGACCCUGGGACAUUGUCCUGCAAGGGGUGUAGUGGUUCAAAGCUGCCCAAAGCUAGCACUGAGGUCAUGGGCCCUGUCUGAAGCCCUGUGUCUCUCUCAUGAAGACAGAGGACAGUAGGCAUGCACGCACACACACGCAUCAUGUUGCCAUGAGUGGCAUCAGUUGAGAAGGGCUGAGUCCUUAGAAGUCAUACUCAGAAAUGUCCUAAACAGAGUGAUACUUGUCACUCAGUAAUGGAGGCAGAGCAGCUGUCACAUCUGCUAGGGGUUCCAUGACCCUGACCAGAUCUCUCUUGGGCUCAGGAUUCUGCUCCCCGCAGUGGACCCCACUUGAACACCAUUUCUGCAGGUCCUCAGGUCUCUCAUCAGCUCCACAUCCACACGGAGCUGCCAGUGAGGGAACACCCUCCGUGCCCACAGUGACUGCUUUUCUGCUGGGUGCUGGCGAGUCAGGUGAACAGGCCAUGUCACUGUUCUCCAGGUGGGGACUGUGGCUGACGCCCAGGACUCGGGCCCGGAGCAGCUCUGCCAAGGCCAUGGGCCGAGCAGUUGUCCUCACUGAGAUCCUCUGCUAAGCAUAGCCAGCGACAUCUUAACUCUGGUCAAAACCAGCAGAGCCAUAACCCAUGUCUCUGCUCCUCUCCGCAGCAUUAACAGCAGCAAAGUCAUGCCCCGCUUUGAAAGGUUUGGCCUGGGCGCUCUGGAGUCCAGUAAUCCAAAGAUGUAGCCGGCCGUGCACGUUCGUGCAGAGGGUGUCUUCCUUUCUGAAACAUGAUAAUGAAACACACAAAACUGCAACCAGGAGGAAUCGGAAAAGCUUUGCAUGACUCCUCCAUGAAGAAUGUACAUUACAAAGGGGCGUGGGGCUCAGGGUCGGAGCCAUACACGCCUCUCCAGAUGACACCACUACAGCCAGUGUUUACACAGAGGUUUCUGCCCCGCAAGCUUGGUGUUUUACAGUAGUUAAUAAUAAUUCCGCAGAAGGGUGCUGCCACUUCAGAGCAAGAGAAAUGCCCCCACAUUUCCUAUUCUACGAUUCUGCAGCAGCGAGGGACCCAGGGUUGAACAAGAAGGAAGGAAAGCAGCAUGAAUGUUACUGUUCUAGGAAAAGAGGACAUGACAGAAGGCUUGCCCUGGCCUACGCUUUGGCUCUGACUCCCACUGGUCCCUCUGUUUGUCCUAUAAGGAACACCAGCCGUUCCUCAACUUGCAGAGGAAACCCUGGCCAGGAACCCAUCUGGACUAUGGGGUCAGGAGUUCCUGAAGAGUUUGGAUUAGUUUCUGCUCUGCUCCAGGCUUGUUGUGUUAAAAAGUACAGACAGAAUCCAGGUGGCUUCUAGACAGAUCUGAUGGAUCUUAGCUCGGCUUGUACUGCAGCGGGAGGAAACAGCCACACGUCUGUGGAGACAUUCGCUGCUUCUCUGUGGCCUCCAGGCAGGCACGAAGGCUGUGGAACCCAGCCUCUAUCGUUACACCCUCCCCAGUGCCUCAGUUCACCCCCAGAGCCAAGAGCUAGCCCAUCAGCCGUGUGUCCAGUGAGCCCUUGGUUGAGGAAGACAGGGAAGGUGGCAAAUACAGCCUACGGUGACCCUAGCACUUUAAAACCCAUGUCUGUCAUGCCAGAAGGUUCCAGACCUACCACCACUAACACUUCCCCAGUCUCAUUGAAGCCUUUUAGCCCAUUCUGACUCCCCUCCCCCGUGUGUGCCCUGAGCUCAGAUUGGGGCCUGAGGCUGUCCAGACACUUAAGUGAGAAGCCUCAGACUUCUGCUUGUGUUCAUUCCAGCGGACAGGAGGGGUUGUGGUAAGUCAGACAUGCUCCACAGAAACUGUCACCGGCAGAGCAGAGCAGAGCAGUCCUUGAACAGAGAGAGGUUGGGCAGCAUCCGACUCCACAGCCAGAGGGGGGACGAAAUGGGAGUGGAGAAGUGGGUAGAUUUUGGCCCAUGAGUGGCCAUGUGACUCCCGCUUAAACACCGACUAAGGCUCAGUUUUCAGAGCCUGCCCUAGCACCAGAGUCCAGUGCAGGUGUCUGAGAAAUUGUGGGACCCUCUCCACAUCCACCCCAGCACAGUUGUUCAUGCUACAGGAGAGCUGGGACAGUGGCAUCUUUGACCCUGCCCCAGUGUGGGAAGAAGGAAGAGCUGCGGGCCUCUGUUCAGUGCUGCACGGGUCAUCUGUCCUCUGAAAUGGGACCGUCAUGUCACUUCCGCGUCCCUUUGGCUUUCCACCCCUAGCCCUUGGUGUGACCUCCCUCCUCCAAAACCACAGAGUCUGUAACUACUGCCUCCGUGGCGGUCUCAUGGCUGUCCCUUCCCAGAGGCCACGAUGUUGUGAGUGGUGUGUGGCAUUGGUCUCCCCUCACGGGUAGAACAUGAGUCAUCAGGCUGGCAGCUGAGUCAGCCCUUUCAGUCACCCCUCAACACCAGACCACAGAAGCCAUCACACACAGCCCACCCGGUCUCACCCUGUACCGUAGACAUCUCAGGGCCAGAAGCUCUGAGCCCUGCAGUGAAUGUGAUCUUGUGCACGUACUGGGGACCAGUAAGAGUAGCCAUGGUCCCUGCUUUAAGGAGCUGACCAUCUGCUGGGGGGGUCAAUAUGCAGGGGACCUGACAUCGUCGUGGAACCCUGGAGCCACUGGUGAAGCUAUAGUGCUGGAACCUUCCUCACUUCCUCUCCAAGGCCUGCUGCUGUGCUGCCCUUCAUUUAAGCGAGUCCCCUAUCAUGGUCCCUGUUUCCUUUUCUACUUAAGUAAAUGUGAAUUGAGGUUAGGAAAGUUUGCCUCCUCUGUGCUCUCCCUGUCUCCUGGGAAACACAUGAAGGAUGACAGAUACUGUGAAUUCAGCCCCAAUAGCCACUGUGAAGGCAAUGGGAAAAAGGCAUGAAGCCAGGCGGUGGUGGCGCACGCCUUUAAUCCCAGUACUCGGGAGGCAGAGGCAGGUGAAUUUCUGUUAGUUUGAGGCCAGCUUGGUCUACAGAGCUAGUUCAGGACAGGCUCCAAAGCUACAGAAAAACCCUGUCUCGAAAAACCAAAAAAAGGGAAAAAAAAAAAAAAAAAAAAAGGCAUGAGCUGCAGAGGGCCUGCCCACCUAAGGUCUGAGUCCAGCAAAAACUUUGGCCCCUUUCCAGGCAUCCUGAGUUCCCAGCCUCACCUCCAAGGAGGCCUUAACCCAUCGGAGUGGCAGUGAAGUCAUGAAUCCUAGCUAGUGCUGGUCUGGCCACUCCUAUGCACCAAAUCAAAGUCCUUGGCCAUUGUCUUAUGGCCCAGGCAGGGAGCAGCAAGCCUGUGUAGCUCUGUAGUGACAGAGUGGGGGUGGAUUAGCCAUGCUAUCCUGCGGCGCUAGCCAGGACGUUAUCUGUGUGCUCCCAGUGUCUUCUGUGGCCACGAGGCACAUGUUUUAUUUGCUUCUUUUGAAUGUGAUGUAAAAUUUGUACAGUAAAAGUUUUUAUAUUUUCUAUCAAUUACAUUUGUCUUCCAGAAAUGCUUUAAUUUAAAUUAAAAUGGCGAGUCUUGAUGAACGUGUUAUAUCGGGGUUUUUGCCACUGCUAAGAAUUCACCCUCUGGCUGAGCCAGGCCUAGGGUCUGGCGUUUGUGAAUAAAGUUUUACCAAGGUC